ACUCCCUGCUUCUAUCUAUACGAUCUCCGGUGUCAUCCCUCCUCCACGGUGCACUCCUCCCCUUCUCUUUCCGCCAUGAUAGAGGGCAGCACUACCCCACAUCUCCUAGUUACCCAGGUUUUUUCCCCGGAAGCUACUGCCAGGCCUGGCGGGGGAUGCUGUCAGAGGCGUGUGUAACCUUUGGUUACUAGGAGCAGGCCUGUAGCCAAAGACGGGCCGCCUAAAUCCAGGCCCUGAGCCCCGCUAGCUAGCGGGUGCUCCCUUUUUUUUUUUUUACACAGUCAAGCCGUUCUCACCUCGUUGGCUUGGGCAGUCCCAAUGCCCGAGCAGGGCCCCAGGAUGAACGGCUUCUCUCUAGGGGAGCUAUGCUGGCUCUUCUGCUGCCCGCCCUGCCCGAGUCGUAUCGCCGCUAAGCUGGCCUUCCUACCGCCGGAGCCCACCUACACAGUGCGAGAGACUGAGGCUCCACCAGGCCCGGCUCCACAGCGGGAGGAUGAGCAGGGAGACCCCGCGGCUUGCUUGCCUCCCCCCUGCAGCCUGCACCUGUCAGAGCGGGCGGACUGGCAGUAUUCACAACGGGAGCUGGAUGCAGUGGAGGUUUUUCGUUGGAGGACAGAGCGGGGGAGCUGUCUGGGCUGUAUGUACGUGCGCUGCGCCCCUGGCAGCCGAUACACGCUGCUUUUCUCACACGGAAAUGCUGUGGAUCUGGGCCAGAUGUGCAGCUUCUACAUCGGCCUGGGCUCCAGGAUCAACUGCAACGUCUUCUCUUAUGAUUAUUCGGGCUACGGAGUGAGCAGUGGCAAACCCAGCGAGAAAAACCUGUAUGCGGAUAUCGAGGCGGCCUGGCACGCCCUGAGAACUCGGUCUCUGAGGAGUGGUAUCCUCUCAUACUUGGUGAGGUCGUCUAACUGCCAGACGACUGGAAAGCAGUUUUUACACCUUCCUAACACUUUUUUUUUUUUCUCUUCCUUUUCCAGCAUUGAUAAAAUAUCAAAAGUCACAUCUCCUGUGCUGAUAAUCCAUGGAACUGAAGAUGAAGUUAUUGAUUUCUCUCACGGUCUAGCCAUGUAUGAGCGGUGCCCACGUGCUGUAGAACCGCUUUGGGUGGAUGGCGCGGGGCACAAUGACAUAGAGCUGUAUGCACAGUAUCUUGAGAGACUAAAGCAAUUCAUAGCUCAUGAGCUUCCGAACUCUUGAGGACGUGUUUCUGUCUUACCUCUGUUCUUCUAAAUGGCAGAAGUGACCAAUCUUAGAAGAUAUGUCCAUUGUGGUGCUGGGCAUUUCUUAAUACCCCACAGCGGGUUGGCUCACACACAAGCAUCCAGUGGCAACUAUUUUUCUUUUUUUUCAUGUACGCUCAGCUGCUGUAACUUUAUAUCAGCCUUUUAAAAAGAGACCAAAAGAUCCUCAAAACCUUUUCUAGGGCACUGUUUUUAUUCUGGAAUUUGUUUACAAAACGUUAUUUUGAAGGAAUUGUCAUAUACUGCCAGUCUAUUUCACUACUACAGAACUGAACAGCUGGCUUACAAAUGCUCUUGGAUCUAGCGUACAUUUGAAACUGAUAAUGCUAAGGUUCAUCUUUACACUUUUUUUGUUUGUUUUUUCAAUUAGUCCUAAGAAAGAAGGCAUUUUGCUUGUUCAGUAAUGUAUAUAUGUGGUAUUGUGAUGAAACACUUCUUUAAGGAACUAAUAAUAAAUAUUUAUCCUCAAUAA